GGGGGAUAUUUCCUGUGGUGUUUUGGAGAGCACGAGCCGGAUGGAAUGGAAACCACAAAUUCAAAAGAAACAUCGGACGGUGCGAACGAGAUGUAAUUCUGGCUGGAACCUGGUUACCUGAGUUGGUUGGAGGUGAGAGAGCAGGAAUAAUAUUCAAUAAAAGUCUCUGACUGAAAAGAGAGAGAGAAAAAAAAACAAUCGAAUGAAAGAGGGUAGACUCAGCAAUGGACUAUAUAGAGGGGUAAAAAUGCACCGUGGGGUGGGAGUGAAAAGACUUCUGGAUGGUAGCCAAUGAGAAUCACCGCCCCAGGAGGCACUGGCGAACCAAGCGAUCUCCACUCUGCAGCUGCGACUUUUCAACGGCAUUCGCACGUGGAACUUUAUCCGUGACGGUUGUCUCUUAUUAACGCGCGCUCUUCUACCCAAUAAAUCCUCCAUUUACCGCAACAAAGAUCAUACAUUCUAUUCCACUAAUUUAAUAUUAUUUAUUGAGAUUCAAUUAAAUAAGUGUGAAUAACAAGAGACAUUAUUUCAACGAAUCAGGAGUGUGAGACGCAACGUCUUCGUUUCAAGCUAUACUUAUUCUAACAAUAAAACGAAGACAAGUUAAAAAUAAAAAGAAAGGUGAUUUCUGGGAUUUUAUUCACCAAUAGUUGGAUUUUACGUGCUAUUAUUUUUGUACCAAGUACAAAUUGUCGGAUUGAAAGGUGUAAAUUUUGACAAAUGCUUCGACAGAGUCGGUGAUAAAUUGAACCGGUGAUAAGACUGAAUAGUGACUAGGAAGUCUGCAAAAAAUAUCGGAAGUAUCCAUUGAUUCGAUUAUUAUUGAGUUGAGAAAAAAUGCUAAUGCCAGGUGCCACGGGACUUAGCGCUGUUGGUGCUGGGCCCACUGGUCCAGAGGAGUUGGUGACGAGUCUUGGUGCACUUGCUGGGGUGACACCGCAACAGAAGGAUACCACCUGGACAAAGCUAUUUGUUGGUGGAUUACCAUAUCACACCACAGAUAAGAGUUUAAGAGAGCAUUUCAAUGUAUGUGGUGACAUUGAAGAGGCUGUUGUCAUAACUGACAGACAAACUGGCAAAAGUAGAGGAUAUGGAUUUGUAAUUAUGGGAGACAGGCCAGCAGCUGAGCGAGCAUGCAAGGACCCAAAUCCAAUAAUAGAUGGAAGAAAAGCAAAUGUAAAUCUGGCAAUAUUAGGAGCGAAACCUAGAGGCAAUCUUCAAACCACUUUCCCGUUUGCGGCUGGAAUUAGAGCUGGAUACCCGACAGUUCUCCCCGGCCAGUAUGGAGUUCCACCUGGUUACAUGUAUCAAUCACCGUACUUAACAGCAGCAGCAGCAGCAGCCGCAGCAGCAGCACCAGGGGGACUUGUGCAAUUACCAACGACGCAAUUGAGUCAUGCAGCAGCAGUUGCGGCGGCCUCGCAAUUCUACGAAUACCAAAAUGCAGCAGCGGCAGCGGCAGCAGCAGCUGCUGCAGCAGCUACCUAUCCGGGUACGUCAUCCUACAACUUCGCCGAGGCGGCCGCCUAUCCGUACCCCAGCGCUGCCGCCGCCGGUACGUCUUUAAAACAGCGCAACGAACGCAGCAGCCGCCAGUUACGUAACACCGUAUACAUACGCCACCCUACCAGGUGCUGGAGCAUUACAGGGUGCAACAACGACGGGUGGUGCAUUCCCGGGUCUACCUUACCAAACAACACCCCAGGAAACGAGACUUCAAUAGAACUUUCUCGUAUCUAAAUAAAGUAAGAUAUCCUUUAACAUGAAACCUAGAAACGAAGAAAUAUUUAACUUGACGUAUCCUGCCCUGAAUGAAGAAACGAUUAAGUUGAAUUAAAAUUGAGGAACGAUAGAAAUUUUUCUACAUAUGCGUUCAUUUCGAAAGACUUAUUGUCUCAUAGAAAGGUGAAAACCCCCCUUGUCAUUGACUUGAACUUCUAUCUUCCUUACUCUUCCCUCAGAAGCCAAAAAAAAAAAAAAAAAAAAAACAAAAAAAA